AUGGAAGAUGCAGGGCUGUGGACAGCCAGCCAGGUACCCUCAUUCCGGCGCGUGGUCAACUUCAUCCACUCUCAGGGGCAAAAGGCUGGCAUUCAAUUGCAGCACUGCGGCCGAAAGGCUAGCGUGACUGCUCCAUGGCUUGGACACCGACCAGCCGACAAAGAAGAAAAUGGAUUCCCAGACGACCUGAUUUCCCCGUCCAAUCUCCCCUACAAAAAUGAUGGGGUUUGGCCGAUCCCUACCGCUAUGACAAAGGAAAUGAUUCAGAAGUCAGUUGGUGACUUUGUCAAUGCUGCAAAACUUGCCGUAGAGGCUGGCUUUGAUGUGAUCGAGAUACACGGCGCCCAUGGCUAUCUCAUUCACCAGUUCUGUUCACCUCUCACCAACAAGCGCACCGAUGAGUACGGUGGCAGCUUCGAAAAUCGUGCGCGAUUCGCAUUGGAAGUUGUACAGGGCAUUCGUGCCGCUAUCCCACACACAACCUUGCUCUUUUAUCGUAUUAGUACCACGGACUGGAUCCCCGAUCGAGAGUCCUGGACCCCUGAACAAUCCGUCCGACUGUGCCAGCUGUUACAACCCCUUGGGGUAGAUCUGAUAGAUGAAAUCAAGGACGGAGUUCCGGGACUCCUUACCGGGAGCGUCGGUAUGAUCCAGGAUGGCAAGACGGCUGAGGAUGUCGUCAUCAUCGCCCGAGAAUUUGCGCGUAAUCCGAGUCUGGUGUUGAAUAUUGCCUAUGAGUUAGGGGUCAGAGUGAAAUGGCCAACACAACUUCAUAGGAGCCAGCCGAGGUACAAUGAUCCAGAUAUUUGA